GUUGGAGGCUGCAGCUAUAUUCCGUUGUAUGAAACAAUACGCAACGUGAUUAUGCAGCUACCGUGAUAUAAAUUGUAAGCAGUCCACGCGACGCGAGAAAGUAUCGCGGGACUUGGCGAGAGAACUGGGCUGUGGUGUGAUGCUGCGCUCUCGGGUUUCACACAAGGUGGAUGGAGCAGGUGCUCUCUGCUUACCGCUGCUAGGCGACCAGCGCGCUCAGUGACCCGAUUCAGGUUUGCGCUCUAACGAGCCUGCCUUUAUCAUCAGCUCGCUGCUAAACGCGGCGAACAGUUCCAGACGCAUAGUGUUGAUAGACUGUACCUGCCAGACGAGACAGAAGAUGUCUGGUUCGGGGAAUCGAGUGAUGCUGGUGUUCGGAGUGGCGGUGCUGCUUGCGGUGUCUGCGCUGAACGAGCCAACAAUCAAUGCUUCAGACCACAUCAUCCUAACAGAUUACCAUGGGCCAUCAAUCACACUCCAGUGUAACCUGACUUCCUCCCCAUUCAUUCAAGAUAAGAGCUAUUGGAUGAAGAAUGGAGAAGAGAUCCAAGGGACCCAGACAGAGCUGAGGGCCACUGAGUACACUAUCCCUAAACCAAGGGCAGAUGAUGCUGGAGAGUAUAUGUGUGUGUACACAUUUGAUGACGGUCCACCUGCAAAUGCCACAAUUGAAGUGAAAGCUGUUCCAGACAUCACUGGACACAAGCGCAGUGAGAAUAAGAAUGAGGGAGAAAGCGCUGUCCUAUACUGCAAGUCUGUGGGCUACCCUAAUCCUGUCUGGAUUUGGCGCAAGCUAGAUAAUGGUGUCCCCAGUGAGAUUGACAACACCUCCCGCCGAUUUUUCAUUAGCAGCAAGGACAACUACACAGAGCUGUCAAUCAUUAACUUGGACAUCAAUUCUGAUCCUGGAGAAUACGAGUGCAACGCCACUAAUAGUGUUGGCACCUCUGUCAUGACCUCAGUGCUUCGUGUGCGGAGUCACCUGGCUCCCCUCUGGCCCUUCCUGGGUGUCGUUGCUGAAGUCCUCAUUUUAGUCCUCAUCAUUGUCAUCUAUGAGAAAAAAAAGAAGCCUGAAGACGUUCUAGAUGAUGAUGAAUCAGCUGGGCCAAUGAAAACAAAUUCAACUAACAAUCACAAAGACAAAAACCUACGUCAAAGGAAUACAAAUUAAACCACUAGUACAAUGAAGACAUUCAUAUCAUGACCAUUUGAACGUAACAUAAAGAAGCUCAUUGUUUAAGAUAUUGGACAUUGCAAAUAUUGGUGUUAAGAAAGUAUUUGUGAAAUUAAAUAUAAAUGACAACUCAAGGCAUGCCUUAUGAAUGUGUUGGUAAGUGGAUGUAUGAUGAGAAAUAUUACUAAUAACAGUGUAAAUAUUAUGAAUAUUUUAUUGCAUGAUCGUGUUGCUGUCAAUAUUUUUCUUUUAUUCCCAAUGCCUUUUCUUUUUCAUGUCAAAGAAAUUGAAAAUGUAUUGCAUGCAAUAUUAACCUGCUGUCUAAGAGGUUUUGUUUGUGUAUUUCAUAGUGGCACAAACCAUAGAUAAUAUUUAUAUUUCAGUCAAAUCACCUUUGUGUUGUAAACCAAUCAACAACCAUAUAUGUAGUUUAACAUGUUUUUGUACAGUUUAUUAUUUCACGGCAUAUCUGUAGGUAAAAUGGUUAUCAUUUUAUUAUAUAACUUUAUUUAAGUCAUUAAUGUUUUUAACAAUGGUUUUAAUAAUGGAUAAGGGCUUGACAAUGUCCCAUAAUUUUUACGUAUAUAGUUCAUGAAUUAAUUUAUGUAUGCAUCAUGCCACUGGAGAUAUCCAUAAUUAUCUAAAUGUUAUCCAUUCUAAUGCACUAAGUGGUCGGGUGAAUUCUGAACUGGUCAUUUUCUAAUGAUAAACCUUAUCUAUGACUCAGCUUUUUACAUAUGCAUACUAUACAGCAUGGCUUUUAUUCUAUGCAAUAUAUUUAUCUAUAUAUACAUAAGCAUUUUUUACUAUUGGCUUUUGCUUGUGUGUUUAAUAUAAUAGGUUUAAUAUAAUAAUUUUGCCAUUGAUAGCUAGGUGCACUGUUCAGACUAAGAACGAGCUUUGGAAAUACCCAGCUUCACACAUCACCAUUAAAUCAAGAGAAAGAGCUCCAUGUCAGUGUAAAGGCCCAACUCUACAGAAAAAAGAAGCUCAGACAAAGUGGAUGUCAUAUAGUAGAUAAUAUUCCAUAUCAUUUUUAACAAUUAAACAUUCUAAUAUUA